CAUGCAAUGAAACUGAACCAUGCAAAAACGGAGGUACUUGCAAACUUGUUGGGAACUAUGAUUUUUGUGAUUGUUUAAGCGGAACUUUUGGUGACAAAUGUGAACACGUGACUUCCUGUGUUGAUGAGACAUUAGUAUGCAAUAAUAAAAGUGGUGCUUUUUGCGGAUUUAACGUAUUAGAUAAGCAAGCAGAAUGCCAGUGUAGUAAUGGAUUAAAAUAUGAUUCAAGAGUACAGCAAUGCAGAGAAACGUGCAAGACAGGAUAUGAUUGUGAAAAUGGGGCAGGCUGCAUGAAAGUCGGUAAUUACCGUUUUUGCGAGUGUCUCCCAGGAACAUAUGGAAACAAAUGUGAAAUAGUAAUUGAUUGUGAAAAUAAAAAAUUGACGUGCAAGGAAGGAAGUGGUGCAAUAUGCGGGUACAACUUUCAUCAGGAUACAGCUGAAUGUAUAUGCGAUAAUGACCUGAAAUACGACCCUUCUACUGGAGAAUGCAGAGAAUGGUGUCAUUCAAGAGACGAAUGUCAGCAAGGAUCUCGUUGCACGCGUAUCGGAAAUUACCAGUUCUGUGAAUGUCGUCCUGGUACAUAUGGGCACAAAUGUGAAAACGUGACUGAUUGUGAUAAUAACAUAUUGACAUGCCGCAGUGGUAGUGGAGCAACAUGCGGGUACAACCGAAAUCUGAAUGUCGCUGAAUGCAUGUGUGGAGAUGAACUGAAAUAUGACAUUGAAACUGGAUUGUGUAGAGAAACAUGCAAUGGCAGAACUGAUUGUAGAAAUGGAGCUGGGUGCAAAAAUAUCGGUAAUUACCAUUUUUGCGAGUGUCACAAUGGAACAUAUGGACAUCAAUGUGAAAAAGUAACUGAGUGUGAAAAUAACAGUGUGAUGUGCGGAGAAGGAAGUGGAGCAGUAUGCGGUUAUAACUUAAAUCUGACUGUCGCUGAAUGUAUAUGCGAUAAUGAUUUGAAAUAUGACAUUGAAUCUGAAGCAUGCAAAGUACCAUGCUAUGCAGGGGGCGAUUGUUCUAAUGGAGCUGUUUGCAAGAACAUUGGUAAUUACGCUUUCUGCGAAUGUCGUCUUGGAACAUAUGGAAACAAAUGUGAAAAUGCGACUGAUUGUGACAAUAACAACGUUAUAUGCAAAGAAAGAAGUGGAGCAACAUGCGGUUUUAACUUAGAUCUGAAUGUCACUGAAUGUAUCUGCCCUAAUGCCUUAGAAUACGAUAAUGAAACUGAAACAUGCAGAGAAACUUGUAGUUACUUCAAAUGCACAAACGGAGGAAAUUGCAAACGUGUAGGAAAUUAUGACUUUUGUGACUGUAUUUCUGGGACUUACGGAGACUUCUGCGAAUAUGUGACUUCUUGUGUUGAAGAAACAUUGGUAUGCAACAAUGAAAGUGACGCUGUUUGUGGAUUUAGCGUAUUGGAAAAGAGGGCGGAGUGUUUGUGUUACAACGGAAAGUAUGAUUCAGAUCUCGGAUUAUGCAGAGAAACCUGCGUCUCAGAAAUGAAUUGCAAGAAUGGAGCUGCAUGUACAAACACUAGCAAUUAUAAUUUUUGUAAAUGUCUCCAAGGAACUUAUGGACAUUACUGUGAAAAUGUGACAGACUGCGACCUAAAUUACAUUGAAUGCAAUAAAGAUAGUGAAGCAAUUUGCGGAUACGACCCCACUACACAAACAGCUGAAUGUUUAUGUAAAAAUGGAUUAUAUUAUGACAGCGAUACCGAAACAUGUAGAGAAAUUUGUGAGGAUUCUGAUGAUUGUCAAAAUGAAGCUACUUGCAUAGGCACUGGUAAAUACGAUUUCUGUAAGUGUCUUAAUGGAACUUUUGGACAUCAGUGUGAAACUGUGACUGAUUGUUACAACUAUAACUUAAAAUGCAAUACAGACAUUGGAGUGACUUGUGGUUAUAACCCAGUUUUAGAAGUAGCUGAGUGUUUAUGCCAUAAUGGCUUAACAUAUGACAAGGACAGCGAAACAUGUAGAGAGAAUUGCCUUCCAGAAUAUGAUGAUUGCUUAAAUGGUGCCUCGUGUAGUAAUAAAGGUAUCUUCGGUUAUGAUUUCUGUAUUUGUCAUCCUGGCACAUAUGGAAACAGAUGUGAACACGUUAUGGACUGUGUGAAUAAGAUCCUAGAGUGUAAUAUAACCAGUGGUUCAGCGUGUGGAUUUAAUGUGACGUCAAAAAAGGCCGAAUGUUUAUGUAUAGACGACUCUCUGGUAUAUGAUAGAGACAGUGAAAUGUGUUUGCCUUUAACUUCUACGUCAGAUGUUAGUACCUCAACAACACAGCACACAACUUCAACUUUUCCAACCAAUAUAACAACAGAUGUUGGAAAAACUAGAAUGCCGUUUUCAACUUCAACAGAUGGUUAUGGCAACAAAUGCAGCAGCGUUCCUGCAAUCUGUCCAAAACUGUCAACAGAAUGUGUUCCAAUAGGAAACGACUAUUACUGUAACUGCAAAACUGGAUUCAGACUUAGAGCAGGAGAAGUAAAAGAAUACAAUAAAAAACCUUGUAUAAAAAAGAAAUGUGAUUGUGGUAUCAAUUCUUAUAAUUGUCAGUGGAGUGUGAAAGGCAGGAAAAUAUGCAGCUGUUUUCUUGGUUACUCCCAGAUAAGAGGAGUCUGCACAGAUUGUAACUGCGGUAUGAACUCUCUGGCUUGUAUGUUCGAUUAUAAAGGAAGAAAACUUUGUGGUUGCAAACCAGGAUAUUUUCAAAGAAAUGGAACAUGUUCUGAAAUGUGCACAAAUGAUAACGACUGUCAAAAUGGAGGACUUUGUGAAUUCGAAAGCAAUGGGUACUUUUGUAAAUGCAAAUUUCCUUUCAAAGGUGAUACAUGUGAAAUCAACGAUGCAUGUGAGCAAUUAAGUGGCACUUGUCUUACUAUUGGUGCGAUAUGUCAGUACGAUGAAUUUUUAAGAAAAGGCGUUUGUGUAUGUCCACCAAGCAGAUAUUUCGAUGACAAAUCAAAUAUGUGUGAAGAUAAAUAUGAAUCUGAUUCAUCUUUGAUCAUAGUAUUGUGUCUAACAUCUGGAUUCCUACUUAUAUCAACAGUCAUAUUAAUCAUUGUUUUCAACAAGUUCAAAAGCAGCAGAAAAAAGAAGUAAAGGAAAAGGAUCUGUAAUUUAUUUCAAUCAAAACAUGCAUAAAAUUUCGAAUAAAAUAAGUUUUUAUCUACAAAA